UUCCGAAGUCCACCCCCGUCAGGCAUCUGUAGACCACACUACUCUCUCUACACGGACCCCUGCAAAAAAAGAGGAGCGAGAGUGCCGGUAACUGCCUUCAGAAAAUUAAUUAGAAUGUCUAGCGAGAGUGAAGCUGCGCACGCUAUUUCACCUGUUGCGGACUCCAACACGACCACCGGCGACGAUGACAUGCAACUCCUGAAUGAAGCUGUUCGUUCUUUGCCUUCUCACGCCGUGAAGGACCUUCUGUCCAUUGGGCUCUUUGACAAGGAAGUAAAGCAGCUGGCUAGGAAACUGAGAGUUUUGCUCCUAGAGUGGACUUCCUCGCUGGUAUGCACCAGAUGCAUCUUUCGGCUAUUUGGAAUCCGUGGACGUAUUUAUUCUUCCUCUUCUCUCUUGCCAUCAAUAAUUUGUAGUAUUCUUGGCGAGCCAACAUGUACAGUUAAGCAUGCAGUGAACUCCAGUUUGAAAGUCGAUGAAGAUGUUAAGGAUCCUUCAAUAUUUAAGGAAUCAGAAGAAACUGAGCCAGAAUUAUGCCGCGUUUGCUUAGGCAUCUUGCAGUUCAUUUACUGUGAUGAUAAAGGAAUAACAGUAAAAAAGAACAGUGCUAUUAAUUUGGCUUUAUCAAUUGCUGAGCUGAUAAAGCGAGAGGGUCAUCAGAUUGAUAGCUUUUCUCUUGAAGUCUCCAUACCACACAUUAUCCUUGAAAACGAACAAAUUGUUCAUUUGUACAUGAAAAAGAAGUAUAGAUCAGAACUUUGGUUCCAAGAAAGACUUUCUAAAUGCAUUUCUGCAAAGGAUGCCUUAAAGUCUGCAAUAGCAAAUCCGCUUGAAAAUUUAUUGGAUGUCAAAUCUGCUCCAGGCUCUUGUCAUAUCCGUCUGACAUACACCCAAGCUAAGCCAUCAGGUACCGCUCCAAAUGUGGUGGAGGGAGGUGAAGGUUGCAAGAGGAGGAAAACAGACACUGAUGCUGAUUUGGAAUCUAUUAAUGAUAAGUUAUUGGAGGCUGGCAACGAAUGUUUUGAUUCAUCCAAAGCCAAAGGAAAUGUUUUCUCUGAGAUUUUUUUUAAUGGUUUGGAAGAUCAUGAAUCUUCUGAGUGCGUCAUAUUCCCCAGGGACAAGGUCAAUGCACCCUGCCACUUGGUUUUUCUUUGCUACAGGACACCUAUAUACUUUGGUGGAAGAUACCUGAAGUUUUCAAGGAAUGUGAGUCAAACACGUUGGAUCAUUGAUGAUGAAAGAAUGGGAGAAACAUCCAUUGAGGAGAUCAUAGGUGGCAACAUUCUUCCAAUGUGUCAGGGUGACAGUUACAAGUUUCAUGCUGCUGGUAGAGAGGAUAUCGAUGUUCGAAUGCUGGGUUCUGGUAGGCCUUUCCUGGUUGAGAUACAAAAUGCCCGCCUAGUCCCAUCUGAGUCUCUUGUGAAAGAAAUAGAAACAAAGAUAAAUAACUUCAAUACUGAAUUGGUUGGGGUUAGAAAUCUUAAGAUCGUAGGCAAUCAGGGUUGGAAUCUGAUGCAUGAAGGGGAAGCAGAAAAGCAGAAGCAAUAUUGUGCACUAGUAUGGAUUUCGCGCCCAAUUGAAGACCAAGAUUUGCACUCUAUCAUUAACCUCAAGGACUUGCAAAUUUUGCAGAGAACACCAAUAAGGGUGCUCCACCGUCGGAGUCCACUAGAACGUGAAAAGAUUGUACAUUGGAUGAAAAUAGAAACAAUUGCAGAGAGCUCUCAAUAUUUUCUUUUGCAUCUAUGUACCCAGGCUGGGACAUAUAUCAAAGAAUUUGUUCACGGAGACUUAGGACGUACGCAUCCAAACAUUGGAUCAAUUCUAGGAUGCAGAGCAGAAAUCCUGCAACUUGAUGUUACAGGAGUGAAAAUGGACUGUUUCCUGGCCGAAUGAGUUGGAUCAAUUCUAUUGUCUGUUUUUUUUUUUACCUGUCUACUUCUCGCUGUUUCUCUGCUGAUAUGGAAAACUCUGAAUCUUGGGUUUGAGAAAUUUUCUAAAAAGGCCGAUUCACUCCAGUAGUUGCAGUGUUA